GCAAAUUGAGAUGAAGUAAACUGAAUUGACAACUCGAUACAAUUCAAUCACAUGUCCUGCCUGGGGAAAAGGAGAAGAAUUCCAUUGGCACCGUUGCGGCGGACAAUUCAAUCAAUGAAGGAUCAAUACUGCAUUUUGAUCUGAUAACUUUUUCUUUUUUUUCGAAUGUAUUUUCACCACAUUCCUGUCAUGAAUGUUAUUUUCAACCUAGCGAUCAGAUUCGUGACACGAUUCACGACCCGACAAAGUCAUGGAGAUGAAAUCCAUAAAAAAAAAACGAGGAACAAAUGUUAGCUCAGUUGAAAAGGAAAGUUUUUUUGCGCUGAUCGCGGAUUGGAGGUGCGCAGGCGCCGAGACACAAACUGGGCGGGAACGGGGGAGCCGCUUCCACGACGUCGAAGGUCUUACAUCGAAGAGAUGUAAGGAAAAUUACUGGCUGGGUGCCGUCAGUAAGCGGCCGUCGUCGAACGUGGUGAAAGUGCGUCUCAUGGAAUGCAGUCGUGAAAUUUUCGCUAGUUCAUUCUCGACAAUCACAACAGACCCAAUCGUUCGAAUUUGCCCAAUUUCAAUCGAUUCCGUGCUUCCGCCGCUAACGUGGCGCAAAAGCAUUUCGACCAGCCGGUUCAACCAACCAACAAGUCGGGCGAACCGGCCGAGCUAUCCAUGUCCGGUCAUCAGCAACAUCAAAUGGGACGGUUGCGCAAGUUCGCCGGAGCGACUCUACUCAGCCGUUUUCGGUCUGGUUCAAAGACGGCCAGCGAAGAGGAAGAGAAUUCAGCGGCCCGUGCAGCAGCGACUAACGUCGUCGGAGGCGUUCAAGAGCCCUGUAACGCGUCAGAUCCUGUGUCGGCGUGUACCGUUCCAACCAGUGAUGUCGUCGCUGGCCACACUUGGCCCACAGCUGGUGACGAACAGAGUAACUGCAACGACGUGCCGACAAACGACAAGACGGAAAAGCUGAUUAAUGGAACUGAAACGAAAAGCGAGCCCAGACACCUGCCAACAAACACCCUCGACUGUGAUGGACGACAGAAAAGUCUGCAAGAAGCACCAAUUUCAAUCACUGGCGCCGAAGACAUUGCAACAGACGCCAAUCUGGAUAGACUCAGCCAGCAGCUACAAGCAUCGGCUCCUUGUGCAUCGCCGAAACGCCCUUCAACGCUGCCUACUUGUACUGACGAUUCAGAUACGGACGGAGUCAGGGUGUACAAGAAGGUUUCAACCAAUGGGAAGUUGGUACUCUACCUUCUCAACCGUGAUCUGAUCAUCACCAAGGACACCAUAACGCCACUCCACGCCGUCAUCACCGCCGACGCUGAGGAAGUGCGCAACAAAAAGAUAUUUGCUCAAAUCCUGUUGACAUUUCGUUACGGUCGCGACGACGAGGAAGUUAUGGGACUCAAACUCAGUAACGAGUCUGUGCUGUGCGUCGAGCAAAUUUAUCCGCUCCUACCAGGAGCUCCACUUCCUCAACCGCUCACCAAAUGUCAGGAAGUGCUGAUGAAGCGACUCGGACCAAAUGCUCACCUCAUCAACUUGAAACUGAAUCACUCCGUUCCGGCCUCGGUCCGUCUUCUGCCGGCAAAAGAGUACCGAGGUGCCGCGAUUGGCAUCAACUACGAUCUCAGAAUUUAUACUGCCGAGAGCAUCGAGGAGAAACCACAGCGACGGAGCCAAAUUCGCAUGGCCAUCCGACUGGUGCAAUACGCUUCGACGGACAUCCAGCAAACGGAGGCACCUCUAUUGCGGCUCGACAAGCACUUUCUACUGCGCGAGGGUGCUCUCAAGGUUGAAGUUGGACUUGAUCGUCAAUGGUACACUCAAGGAUCUCCCAUCAACGUCUGCCUUCGCAUCCAUAAUCGAUCGUCCCGCAUUGUCAAGAAAAUCCAGAUUCGAGCGAUUCAACAUGUCGACGUUACUAUGUUUUCCAACGGGAAAUUCAAAAAUACCAUCGCCGUUUCGGAGGAAAUGGAUGGGCUCCCAUUGACGGGGGGAAACACACUCGAUCGCAAGUAUUGCUUAACUUUAAUGGAAAAUGGAGGAGGCCGACACUGGGUAGCACUCGAAGACCGCUACGGAAGGCUAACGUCGACGCUGGCCUCGACGACAUUGAAAAGCGCGCCAAACGAGCGCCACUUCUUCGCUAUCUACAUUUCUUAUUACGUCAAAGUCCGAUUGGUCGUCAGUGGAGUUGGUGGCGAUGUUUCCACUAAACUUCCCUUCGUUUUGAUGCGAGACGGCCCGGAAAUCUUAUCUGUCGAUGCCGAAAACGCGAGCGAAGACGCGAUUCACUCAAGUCAAAGCCCCGAACGACAAAUCAGUCCUGUGCCCUUUUGCAACAACGCCUCAUCUGUAAAUGAUGUCAGUAACACCAAGGGUUUAGUGGAAAAUGUACCCGAAACCCACGAAACUGGACCCAUCAGCGCCGAACUUCAUACAGAGCCGAAAUUACUCAUUUCUGACCCAGAAAAUCCAUUGAACGAGAUUGAAGAAAUACCGUUACUUGCUCAUUCCAAUUCUCAGAACGAAGAAGUGGAGUCAGCAGAGCCAGACGGGAAAUUGUAAAAGCUAGUUCCAUUAUCGCAUCUUCAAACAAGACACAAAAAUCUUCAACGCAGUACAGAACGCGCAGCGCACAGGGACGGUCACACGGACGCAAGAAAAUUCGAUCGCAAUGGAAACUCGAGAUUUUUUUCCCUUCUUAUUUUAGUGAAUGAUACAUUUUUUUCGUGGGAUCUUAAUUGAGACUUACGUCAUAAGAUUAAUGAUAACCUUACCAUGGAAAGAGGCCCAGUUGUAACCACGCACGAUGACUUUGUUGUACUCUUGUUUCGUCUCGGCAGCAUCCUGCAUGUCCACCCGAAUCAGGACGUAUUUAAACCGACCAGAGUCGAUAUCAACAGCAGGAAUUGCGUCUAAUUUCGCCGGUAAUGUCGCCAUACUUUUAGCGAGUUGAAGCUUUGGAAUUCCUGCUGAUAAAAAAGAAAAAAAAAAUUACUUAAUUUGUUCUAAAUACACUUUUGGGUUAUGUUAUAAGAUGUCAGAUAUUACCAAAGUAUAUUUAAAUCUUAAAAAUUAAAAAAAAAUCCUAUAACCAGAUUUUAAUCACUUGUAAAGCCACUGAACUGACUGAAGCCAAGAGUUAACUUUGGACUAGAUACAUGUCCUCCCAAAACUCUGUAUCGCUAUUGUAUGCAUGGCUGCUGAAUAAUGUAAUAUGAUGAUCCAGAAAGCAACCAGAUUUCUUUUUUUCUUUGA